AUGAAGUCCUACUUGAAAGCCUCUGGUUGGGCUGUUGUGUUGGCCGUUCUGGCCAAUGAUGGUGUCGAUGCCUUUCAACCAAUGACGCCUGCGAGCGCCAAGCAAAGCACGGCUCUUCAGAUGGGUCUCUUUGACAACUGGUCUGCAGGCGGGUCAGGGAACAGCAAGGACGAUCUCGAUGAACAAUGGGAGCGCCAGCAGGAGAUCCUUCGCAACCGUCGAGCGCCCAAGGAAGAACGUGACAAGUACUUUGACAAAGUUGAUGCACGAAGAAAGGCAGCCACUGAGAAGCAGCAGGAUAUGUGGGCCUGGCAGACGAAAAACUACGCCAAGGGUGAAGAUCCUAUCGAUGAAUGGAAAAAGCGACGUGAGGCAGGAACUAUUUCCGAUCUCGAUGAUCAGUAUGGUGAUGAAUCGAAGAAAGGAGGUAUUCCACUUCCCAUGGCAUCGUUCGGAGUUGGUGGAGAGUUUGGAGUAGGUGGAAAGUUUGACAACGGUGGCCGCUUCGACCUUCGGUUACCCUAUGCGGAUCAGGGAUACGUCGACGAAGACGCAGACUUUAUGAAGAAAAUCGGAAACAUUUUUGGAGGUGGUAAGAAAAAAGCAACUGAAACUGAAGAACCUGCCCCUGUGGCAGAAGAACCACCCAAGAAAAAUAAUUGGCCAUGGUAA